CCGCGCCCCCCGCGCCCCGCCGCGCAGCUGCCCCUGCUCGCCUAUCUGCUGGCGCUGGCGGCGCCGAGCCGGGGCGCGGAGGAGCCCGUGUGGCGGUCGGAGCAAGCCAUCGGAGCCAUCGCGGCGAGCCAGGCGUACGGCGUGUUCGUGGCGAGCGGCAGCUGCCUGGACCAGCUGGACUACAGCCUGGAGCACAGGCUCUCGCGCCUGUACCGGGACCAAGCGGGCAACUGCACGGAGCCCGUCUCGCUGGCGCCCCCCGCGCGGCCCCGGCCGGGGAGCAGCUUCAGCAAGCUGCUGCUGCCCUACAGCGAGGGGGCGGACGACCUCCAGGGGCUGCUGCUCACCGGCUGGACCUUCGACCGAGGCGCCUGCGAGGUGCGGCUUCUGGGCAACCUGAGCCACAGCUCCCUGCGCAACGGCACCGAGGUGGUGUCGUGUCACCCGCAGGGCUCGACGGCCGGCGUGGUGUACCGCGCGGGGGACCAGAACCGCUGGUACCUGGCAGUGGCCGCCACCUACGUGCUGCCGGAGCCGGAGACCGCGAGCCGCUGCAAUCCGGCGGCGUCCGACCGCGACACCGCCAUCGCCCUCAAGGACACGGAGGGACGCAGCCUGGCCACGGAGGAGCUGGGCCGCCUCAAGCUGCGCGGGGGCGCGGGCAGCCUGCACUUCGUGGACGCCUUUCUCUGGAACGGCAGCGUCUACUUCCCCUACUAUCCCUACAACUACACGAGCGGCGCCGCCACCGGCUGGCCCAGCAUGGUGCGCAUCGCGCAGAGCGCCAAGGUGCUGCAGUUCCAGGGCCAGGCGGCCCUCGACUGCGGCCACGGCCACCCCGACGGCCGGCGCCUGCUCCUCUCCUCCAGCCUGGUGGAGGCCCUGGGCGUCUGGGCCGGGGUGUUCAGCGCGGCCACCGGGGAGGGCCAGGAGAAGCGCUCCCCCGCCACCACGGCACUCUGCCUCUUCAGGAUGAGUGAGAUCCAGGAGCGCGCCAAGAGCUGCUCUUGGGACUUCCAGACCGAGCAAAACUGCAAAGAAGGGGAGCAACCUGAAAGAGUCCAACCAAUCGCAUCAUCUACCUUGAUCCAUUCCGACCUGACAUCCGUUUAUGGCACCGUGGUAAUGAACAGGACUGUUUUGUUCUUGGGGACUGGAGAUGGCCAGUUACUUAAGGUUAUUCUUGGUGAGAAUUUGACUUCAAAUUGUCCGGAGGUUAUCUAUGAAAUUAAAGAAGAAACACCUGUUUUCCACAAACUGGUUCCUCAUCCUAAGGAAAAUAUCUACAUCUAUCUAACAGCCGGGAAAGAGGUGAGGAGAAUUCGUGUUGCAAAUUGCAGUAAACAUAAAUCCUGUACGGAGUGUUUAACAGCAACAGACCCUCACUGCGGUUGGUGCCAUUCUCUACAAAGGUGUACUUUCAAAGAAGAUUGUGCACGUUUAGACAACUAUGAAAACUGGCUGGAUAUUUCAUCGGGAGCUAAAAAGUGCCCUCAAAUUAACCUAUUUCGAAGCAGUAAAGAUAAGACUGCAGUGACUGUGGUCGGAAGCUUCCCUCCGAGACAGUCGGAGUGGGGGUGCGUGGUGAGGAACGUGGACACGGGCAGGGAGCUCUGCAAGGGUAAGAGUCCACCAAGCAGGACCUGCACCUGCAACAUACCGACCAGAGCAACCUACAAAGAUGUUUUAGUUGUCAACGUGACGUUCUCCUUCGGUUCUUGGCAUUUAUCAAAAAGAUUCAACUUUACCAACUGCUCAUCAUUAAGAGAGUGCCCAGUGUGUAUUGGAACUGGCUGUGCUUGGUGUAAAAGUGAGAGGAAGUGUAUUCACCCCUUCACAGCUUGUGACCCGUCUGAUUACAAGACAAACCAGGAACACUGUCAAGGUGCUCUUGAGAAGCAGGCACCGUCCAGGACUGCGGGAGGAGGAAGAUUCACCGGCAACAGGAGUCAUAGCGGCACCGCAGGCUUGCAGGUCUUCCACAUUAAGUCCAUCGAGCCACGGAAAAUAUCGACUUUAGGGAAAAGUAACGUGAUCGUCACGGGAACAAACUUUACCCAGGCAUCCAACAUUACAAUGAUCCUGAAAGGAACCAGUACUUGUGAUAAGGAUGUGAUACAGGUUAGCCAUGUGCUAAAUGACACCCAUAUGAAAUUCUCUCUGCCAUCAAGCCGAAAAGAAAUGAAGGACGUGUGUAUCCAGUUCGAUGGCGGGAGCUGUACGUCCGUGGGACCCUUGUCGUAUAUCGCUCUGCCUCACUGUUCCCUCAUCUAUCCUGCUAUCACCUGGAUCAGUGGUGGUCAAAAUAUAACCAUCCUGGGCAGGAAUUUUGACGUAAUUGACAACUUAAUCAUUUCACAUGAGUUAAAAGGAAACAUAAAUGUCUCCGAAUAUUGUAUGGCGACUUCCUGCUGGUUUUUAGCCCCCAGCUUCAAGGGUUCAAAAGUGCGGGCCAACGUCACCGUGAAGUUGAGAGUCCAGGAGACCUACUUGGACUGUGGAAGCUUGCAGUAUCUUGAGGACCCCAGGUUCACAGGGUGUCGGGUCGAACCCGAGGGGGACACAGAAUUGGAAGUGAAAAUUCAAAAAGAAAAUGAUGACUUCAACAUCUCCAAGACAGACAUUGAAAUCACCCUCUUCCAUGGGGAAAAUAAGCAAUUAAAUUGCAGUUUCGAAAAUAUCACUAGAAAUCAAGAUCUCACCAUCAUCCUUUGCAAAAUUAAAGGCAUCACGAACUCAAACAGCAUCGACACCUCUUCCAAGAAAGUUCGUGUCAAACUGGGAAACUUAGAGCUCUAUGUUGAGCAGGAAACGGUUCCUACCACUUGGUAUUUCCUGAUUGUGCUUCCUGUCUUGCUGGUGAUUGUCAUUUUUGCGGCCGUGGGGGUGACCAGACACAAAUCGAAGGAGCUGAGUCGCAAACAGAGCCAACAGUUGGAACUCCUGGAGAGCGAGCUCCGGAAAGAGAUACGUGACGGCUUUGCUGAGCUGCAGAUGGAUAAAUUGGAUGUGGUUGAUAGUUUUGGAACUGUUCCCUUCCUUGACUACAAACAUUUUGCUCUGAGAACUUUCUUCCCCGAGUCAGGUGGCUUCACACACAUCUUCACUGAAGAUAUGCAUAACAGAGAUGCCAAUGAUAAGAAUGAAAGUCUCACAGCUUUGGAUGCCCUUAUUUGUAAUAAAAGUUUCCUUGUUACUGUCAUCCACACUCUUGAAAAACAGAAGAACUUUUCAGUGAAGGACAGGUGUCUGUUUGCCUCCUUCCUGACCAUCGCCCUGCAAACCAAGCUGGUCUACCUGACCAACAUCCUGGAGGUGCUGACCAGGGACUUGAUGGAACAGUCUAGUAACAUGCAGCCCAAACUCAUGCUGAGACGCACAGAGUCUGUGGUCGAAAAACUCCUCACAAACUGGAUGUCGGUCUGCCUAUCUGGUUUUCUGCGGGAGACGGUUGGAGAGCCAUUCUAUUUGCUGGUGACGACUUUGAACCAGAAAAUAAACAAGGGUCCCGUGGAUGUGAUCACUUGCAAAGCCCUGUACACCCUUAACGAAGACUGGCUCCUGUGGCAGGUUCCAGAAUUCAGUACCGUGGCAUUAAAUGUCGUCUUUGAAAAGAUCCCAGAAAAUGAGAGUGCAGAUGUCUGCCGGAAUAUUUCAGUCAACGUUCUUGAUUGUGAUACCAUAGGCCAAGCCAAAGAGAAGAUUUUCCAGGCAUUCCUAAGCAAAAAUGGCUCUCCGUAUGGGCUUCAGCUGAAUGAAAUUGGCCUUGAGCUGCAAGUGGGCACACGACAAAAAGAACUUCUGGAUAUUGACAGUUCGUCUGUGAUCCUCGAAGACGGAAUAACCAAGCUAAAUACCAUUGGCCACUACGAGAUAUCAAAUGGAUCCACUAUAAAAGUCUUUAAGAAGAUAGCAAAUUUUACUACAGAUGUGGAAUACUCAGAAGACCACUGCCAUUUGAUUUUACCAGAUUCGGAAGCAUUCCAAGAUGUGCAAGGAAAGAGACAUCGAGGGAAGCACAAGUUCAAAGUAAAAGAAAUGUAUCUGACAAAGCUGCUGUCCACCAAGGUGGCAAUUCAUUCUGUGCUUGAAAAACUUUUUAGAAGCAUUUGGAGUUUACCCAACAGCAGAGCCCCAUUUGCUAUAAAAUACUUUUUUGACUUUUUGGAUGCCCAGGCUGAAAACAAGAAAAUCACAGAUCCUGAUGUUGUACAUAUUUGGAAAACAAACAGCCUUCCUCUUCGCUUCUGGGUGAACAUCCUGAAGAACCCUCAGUUUGUCUUUGACAUUAAGAAGACACCACACAUAGACGGCUGCUUAUCUGUGAUUGCCCAGGCCUUCAUGGAUGCGUUUUCUCUCACAGAGCAGCAACUUGGGAAGGAAGCACCAACUAAUAAACUUCUCUAUGCCAAGGAUAUCCCAACCUACAAAGAGGAAGUAAAAUCUUAUUACAAAGCAAUCAGGGAUUUGCCUCCAUUGUCAUCUUCAGAAAUGGAAGAAUUCUUAACUCAGGAAUCUAAGAAACAUGAAAAUGAAUUUAAUGAAGAAGUGGCCUUGACAGAAAUUUACAAAUACAUCGUAAAGUAUUUUGAUGAGAUUCUAAAUAAACUAGAAAGAGAACGAGGGCUGGAAGAAGCUCAGAAACAACUCUUGCAUGUAAAAGUCUUAUUUGAUGAAAAGAAGAAAUGCAAGUGGAUUGGUCGCCGACUGCACCCAUCAGACUCACCUCCGCUUCACUGAGGGGCUCUAAAGCAAGGAGAGUGAGGAGGCUUUAUUUAAAUGCAACAGCACUCACUUUGUCCUGAUGUUGUUCCUUUUCUUUUCAUUUUUUCAUUCUAAAUGUAUUUGAUAGUGGAUAUGUUGGCUGUUGUAAAAAAAAAUCAUUAUUUCUGUCUAAAAUCUUGGAUCAAAACUAUCUGUAGAACAGUAAGUCCCUCCCCUAAUCCUACAUUUCUAUACUUAGUAUCUCCUUGCUUUAGAUUUCUGGUGAACCCUGUGGUUAUAAAUACUUGUGUGUGAUAAAAAAAAAAAAAAAAAGAUACAUUUUACAUUUCAUGAAAUUGCUGUUCACACUGGAGUAUUAUAUAUGAAUCUAUAUAUAUAUUUGAGGCCCAAGGCCUGAAAAAUAUUAGUAUACAACUUGGUAUCUUAGUCUUACUAUGUACUUUUUGAAAGUAUUCCUCACAAGAGAAAGAAUUCAAAAUACUCAUUUUAUUCAUGCCUUUCUUUUUAAAGAAUUCCCUAUCCAGUUAUACUGUAGUCUUUUUAUUGCUGAUUUUUUAUUCCUGAAUUUUUGCUGCUCAUGACCAAUUUUAAUACCACUGUGUUUUCCUUCUAUUAAAUCAAAAGUAAAAAAUGCAAUUGGCAACUCUCAGCUUUACUUGUGGCACCUUUUACCCUUGGUGCUCCAAGUCCCAGAUUAAGGAAAGACAUUUUUUUCAAGUGGCAAAUAAAACACUGAUCAUAUAGUCCUUAAAAUUAUUUACCAACACUGUAUAGGAUAUCAGGAUUUAAAUGUGAAUUUGUCUCGAAAAUGAAAUUCUUGCAAGAGUAAGAGGUGAUACCCUCAACAAACUGAUCAAAUAAGCAGUCACUGCCCUGAAAGGUACCUUCCAAAUCCCGUCACUUUUGACCACUGUCCAAUGGACACACCUCAAAAAUACUACCAAAUAGGUUACUUACAAGUACAAAGGUGAGAGGUCUGGUCCCCGUGUAAGGCUGCGACAGUCUUGAUGUGAAGGCAUUCAUAAGAGAAUAACAGGAGGACAGUUGAGAGCCAAGGGUAGGAGAGUUGCCCAAAAGACGUCCCCUCCUUUAGGGCACAGAAAUGCUAAGAAAAGGAUCAGCUGCAGCUUUAUCUAAGUAUUUAGUUAAUGCUACAUGAGGGUGUCCCUGUCCAGCUCUCUGGCACACGAGUUCCAUGUGGAGCCUUAACUCCUCUUCCAGGGACCAUACUGCUGAGAACUUUGGGCAAGUCACUUACCUCUUUGUGCCUCAAUUUCUGUAUAAUAUUUCUAACCUACCUCACUGAGGUGGUGUGAAGAUUCACUAAUGUAUGUAGCGUGUUUGUCAAUCCUCCAGUGAAAAGCACUAUCUAGAUCACAUUUUGGAUCACAUUAGCCAAAUACAGUAAAUGGCCAAAUUAGAUGUGUGCUGAAGACAAUCAGUCACUGGGUCUACAUUAAACAGCAACCAGAGAAACAAAUGGCAAACAAUUUCUAUUUUCAAGUUUCUUUGCAUAUUUUUUUGGUGCAAACAAUUCAUUUAUAAACUUUUUUUUCUAACAAACACUAGUGUCUACAGCAGCAUUUAAAAAUUAAUUCUGUUACCUUUUCCAUAUUAGGGAUUUAAAGUCUAUUUCUUAUUGUAUACCUGAUUGAAGCUGUACUUGGAGAUGAAUGUUUUAAAUGUCUAUAUCCAAAAAUAAACAUUUUGAUGUAAAA